CACGAGUCCAAAGAAGCUCUCGGACCCCAGGAUGUUUGACACUCCCUUUGACUGUAUCGUGCUGGACGGCACCGUGGUGACGGCCGCCGAUAUUGGCCGGUAUGACAUUGGCAUCAGGGAUGGCAAGAUUGCCCUACUGGCCCCCGCGCGGGCCCUGGCACAAGCGCGCGCAUCUCGAGUCAUUGACGCCGAAGGUGCAUAUGUCAUGCCGGGAGGCAUUGAUGCGCAUGUCCACUUGUCUGAACCGCAACUCUUCGGCAAGGGCAAAGCGGCAGAUGAUUUCACGACAGGCAGUCGUUCUGCCAUCGCUGGAGGCACAACAACCAUAAUUGCAUUUGCCCCACAGAAUCAGUCCGACCCAUCCCUGCUUGCGGCGCUGGAUGACACACAGAAGAAGGCUGCCGAUGCUGCAUAUUGUGACUACGCCCUUCACCUCUUGGUCACGAACCCAACCAAGCAGGCUCUCAACGAGUUCUCUCAGCUUCGCGAGCGCGGUGUAUCCUCCGUAAAAAUCUAUAUGACCUACAAGGACCUGCAGUUACGCGACAAUCAGGUUCUGGAUGUCUUAUUGCAGGGACGCAUUGAUGGAGUGACCACCAUGAUCCACGCUGAAAACGGUGACAUGCUCACCUGGAUGACCGAACAACUCGAGAAUCGCCAAUUGCUAGCGCCAAAAUACCAUGCUACUUCAAGACCCCAGAUUCUCGAAAGCGAAGCCACCAACCGAGCCAUAUCCCUGAGCCAACUGAUUGAGACCCCAAUCCUAAUCGUGCACGUUUCCUCCCCGUUAGCAGCCAACACGAUCCGCAACGCGCAGACCAACGGACUUCCCGUCUACGCUGAAACUUGCCCGCAAUAUCUGUUCCUGACGAGGAAGGAUCUGGAUGCGCCUGGAUUCGAAGGCGCCAAAUGUGUAUGCUCACCACCGCCACGCGAUGGCGAAACCGACCUUGAGAGCAUCUGGACCGGCCUGCAAAAUGGAACAUUCACCAUUCUCUCCUCGGACCAUUGUCCAUUCUUUUACAACGACGACGUCAACGGGAAAAAGACCGCCAUUACUGAAGACGCCCCCUUAGGCCGCUUCCGAUACAUUCCCAACGGCUGCCCAGGAGUUGAGACCCGGCUGCCCUUGGUGUGGAACGCCAACCGGCUUUCCCCGCAGAAGUUUGUCGAAGUGACGAGCACCAAUCCCGCCAAGCUGUACGGACUCUAUCCGAAGAAAGGUGCCCUCAUCCCGGGAGUCUCCGAUGCGGAUCUCACGAUUUGGUACCCGUCCGCGCAGGAGCCCUUCCCUAUCACCAACUCCGCCUUACAUCAUAAUGUGGAUUAUACACCGUACGAAGGCCACAUGAUUACCCAGUGGCCACGUUACACCCUACUCCGGGGACAAGUGGUGUGGGAUCGAGAUAAUGGGGGCAUUGUCGGCCAGAAAGGCUUUGGGGAGUUUGUCAAGAGAGAACGCAGUGCAUUUUGCAGCGACCAGCCGGAGUGGGAUGUUGAGAAAUUCUAAGACCUUUGCAGAAGAGUUUCACGUCAUAUAGAGAGGCUACUAGAUUCAUAG